AAGCACAGCCUGCAAGUGCCAAGUGUUGAGUGUUCUAAGAGAUCAAAUGCACGUCGAAUGUUUUUCUUUGGCGACUCUUUAAAUAGGUCUAUUACACUGUACAUGGUUUGCAUCUGGAUUGAGUUUUUCAUAUAGACAAUGUCAACAAAUGAGGAGGAUGUCCCCCCAACCUAUGAAGAAGCAGUUGCUCCUCCCCCUUCCUAUCAAUCACUUUAUGGAGAAAUAAAAGAUGUGAGGAGACAUUCAGACAAUUUUGCUGAAUUUCUGGUCAAGAUAUGCUUUUUUUUUGCGAAUACAAUUGGGUUUGCAGUAUUGCUUGGCUUUUUGUUGGCUAUUCCAAUCACCAUGAUUGUUAUAGGAGCAAAAUAUAAAGACGAUUGCCCAGGAGAAGAUAAAAUUCCAAUUUAUCUUAUCGUUGCUGGCGCUGUCCUGAUUGUCCGAAACCUCUCAAGUAUGUGUUCACGUGCCUCUGAAAGAAACGAAGAUGAAGACAACAGCGAAAAUGAGAAGAACCCGAUGCGGAAAUGUUGUGACUCAAUUCUCGACCUUUUCAUAUUUUGUUGGUUUAUAACUGGCAACUAUUGGAUCUAUCAUAUUAACAAGCCAUCGUUUAACAAAAGCGACGAUGAUUAUUGUAACAAGACUCUUUAUUUGUUUGCGUUUUGGAUUACAACCUGCACCUACAUAAUCGCUGGAUUCCUUUGCUGUUGUCUGUGUUGUUUCGGAAUAUGCGUUGCCGCGAACUCUGACGAUGAUUAAUUAGAUGCAGUAGGUUCUCAUUCGAUUGCUAUUAUUACAGCUAUUUAACAAUUAGUCGCCGAAGGUGAGGUGAUUACAAACCUAUAUUCUUGGCUUGUAAUCACCGAGCCUGAGGCGACUAAUUGUUUCAGUAUAAAUUUCGAGGUGUUUACAAAUAAUAAUCAGUUGACUUAAUUUCAUAAAAAUUUAUUAUUAUACCUUAAUUUCUUAUUUGUAAUACAACAACAAUUAACAAAUCUUCGUCGAAGACGUAUUAUUAUAUUUUUGCACAAGUGGAUUGACAGAAGAACUGCAUUUGUUCGCUUAUAACAGCAUAAUACGUCAAAUUUGACCAAUCAAUAUGUAGGAUUUGUUAUAUUUACUUGUGCAAAAAUACAAAAAAGCUAUAGUUUGUCACCGACCAGUGACUAUCACUUCAGAGACAGUGAAUUUUGACCAAUCAGAAUGCAGGAAAAUCAAUGGUCACCUCGAAAUUUAUACUAAUGGUAGUUAUGGUUUCUUGGUUAUAGUAUAGCCAUAGGUACUCGCCGCUAUAGCACACUGAGCACUCCCACCGAAAAUAUAGAAUCAAUUGAUGUAAAAAUAAGUUUACCGCUAAAAAAGAGGUUUCACAAUUAUGUUCUCAAGUGAUUCCUGUCUUCUAGAAUCUAACUGUAGCCAUAAGCGCACGCAUCGUUUAUAGCUUGUGAUUUUUUUGUUCUAAAACCACCUCGUGCAAAAAAAAUGUGAAAUGAAAUUUCACUUGACAGGCAUAACAUUUUGAAUAUUUGGUGCAUGCGUAUAAUCGAACGCGCGAAGUUUACUGAUAGAUUGCGAUAUUUUAGCGUUUAACUUUUAAGUCAGAUUUAAUGUGUUAGGAUUUCCCGAGGACGAGGAGAGCUAACACAUUAGUCUAAAUUAAUAAUCUGUAGUAAUAAUCAGUGACCGUUUUCGUAGGGACGAAAUUUAUCCGUCUGGACAAAUUUAUAAUUAUAGUUUGUCUGUUCUUCGAUAUAGGGAAAACUUGGUUUGUCUGUCCUUUGAUAAAGGGACCGGAAAAAAAGUUGAAGACAUCCAAACGAAUUACAAGUUGAUUCGUCGUUUUAACGUCACAGGCACUAGACGAAUAAGCUAAAAAAUAUGUUACAAACGAACCGUUAUUCGCCAAAAUUAAUACGAAGAAAAAAAUUUUAAGCUUGAAAAUUUCAUUACUCGUUUGUUUAUUUGAUUUAUUUCUCAUGAGUUCCAAAUAAUAUAAAUAUAAAGUCACAGACGACAUUAUGCUUUCGCAGACGGAUAAUGCAUCUCGUAAAAAAACGGCCACCAUUCAUAGUCAUACCCUCAGUCCUCAGACAUAGCCUCACAGAACUGAGCACAUAAGUAUUUUGAAUUUACUAUGUAUAAUGCUUUUAUUAAUUAUUUAAUAAACACCCAAUGCAGUCAUUUAA